AUGCAGGUAUGGUCCAUGGCCUUUUCUCGAUACAAUGCGGUUACAGUCUCCAUCUCAAACAACUAUGUUUUCAUCUAUCUGGGUCUGUGUCUUGUUACGGUUGCUUGUAACUUUAUUCGCACCGUGAUUCAAUACAGAGGUUCAUUGCGUGCCUCCAAUCGCCUGUUCUUGGGCUUACUGCAGAGCGUGUGUCAUGCUCCUUUGCAGUUCUUUGAUAUCACACCUGUGAGCCAGAUCAUGAGUCGCUUUAGUAAAGACAUGGAAACUGUCGACUCGAGUAUAGGCUGGCAUGUCAACUUUUUGCUACAGACGGUGUUUGGCGUGUUUGGUGUCGUGUUCACCAUUGGCAUGAUCUUGCCAGAGUUCUUUGCUGCUAGUCUUGUUGCAGCUGCCUUGUACUUUUAUAUUGGCAUCAUCUACAUCCGGGCUUCCAGGGAACUCAAGAAAUUGAACGCUGAUAGUCGCCCGCCCAUUUUCCAUCUGUAUACGGACACAUUAGCUGGUUUGGCGACCAUCAGAGCGUACGGCGAAGAAUGGAAUAUGAUGAAAAAGAUGUUUAACCGACUUGAUGACAAUAUGCGCCCAUUCUACACUCUUUGGAACACCAACAGAUGGCUGUUUGUGAGAGUAGAACUCCUAGGCACCUUUUUAUCGCUAUUCAUUGGCAUCUCACUGGUUCAAAAGAUCAGGAUAAUUGACGCUGGUCUCGCAGGCAUUGCACUGACAUUUUCAACGAGUCUAUUAGAGUAUGUAUACUGGCUCAUGCGUCAAUCCACCACUGUAGAUAUGCACUUUGAAGCUAUUGAGCGCAUCAAUGAGUACAUGGAAAUGCCACAAGAGCCACCUAGUAUCGUUGAGGGUUCCAGACCUCCAGCUGCUUGGCCUACCCAUGCUGCAGUGCAGGUUAGAGAUCUCAUGCUUAGCUUCAGCAGCUCUGAAGCAGAUGCCAUAUUGAAACACAUUUCUUUCAACAUCUACUCGGGGGAGAAGGUUGCACUUGUAGGUAGAGCGGGAGCAGAGAAAUAUGCGCUGGUAUCAUGUUUGUUUCGAUUUAUGGAACCCAUAAGAGGAUCUAUCAAGAUUGAUGGCGUCAACAUUGCUUGGAUUGGUGUAGAAGACCUAAGAUCGCGCAUUACAUUCAUAUCCAAGGACGGUUGGCUGUUGAGUGGCACUGUGCGAAGUAACUUGGAUCCAUUUGGUGAGUAUGAUGAUUACGCCCUGUGGCAAGUACUGCAGAGAGUGCGAUUAGCCAGACUUCCAUCGGCCACCACCUUGGGUCAUCAAGAGGAUGAGGACCGCCCCAUGAUAGCAUCCACCAUCAUCCAAGAUCUGGACAAAGAUCUGGGAAAGGAAGGUUGUCGAUUGUCUGUUUGCGAGAGACAGCUGCUCUGUAUUGCCCGUGCAUUAUUACAAGAUUGCACCAAGCUUGUCAUUAUUGAAGAAGCCCACAACCUUGAUCCAGCAGCGCAAAGCAUCAUUCGUUCAGUCAUUGAUCAAGAAUUUGAAGAAUCGACCCUAAUUGUGAUACCCUAUAUGCUCCAUGAUGUAGUGAACUAUGAUAAAGUCAUGGUGUUUGAUCAAGGCAGCCUUGUUGAAUUCGAUUCUGCCGUUGAAUUACUCAAUAAACAGCACAGUCUGUUGCAAUCCUUGUGCGAAAAGGCAGGCAUACUGGAUUCACUUACACUAGACAUGGAAAUACUUACAUGA